CCUUUGACUGAGUCGUUUAGUAAGUUUCGAUUUCCUUUUUUGGGUGGGGUCUGACUGUCGAGAGGCAGAUCUGUGACGGACUCCUCUCGCUCGCUACACAACCGGAAGACAAACACUGAUCUACAUAUAAAUGUAGAUAUCUUUACAUUUACACUUUAUAGUUGCUGUUCUUGAUCAUGGAUGAUUUUGUUCGGAACAAAUUAACUGAGUGGGGUUUCAGCGAGUGGAUAGACAAAUUUAAAGAUGAGGGCAUUGACGAGGAAAGUCUUCUCUGCCUCGGUGAUCUCGAAAUUGCUGAUUUGAUCCCAAAAGUGGGACCAAGGGCAAAAUUCAAAAACUACCUCCUGUUGUUAAAGAAACAAAAGACAACAGAUCCAGAAACAGUUGAUUCCUCUGCUCAAGUGCCUAAAAGAAAGCAUGCGGAUACUCCUGGAAUGAUGGACACUGAAAGGACGAAACGGAAGUCAAACGACGAGCUGAGACCUGACCUGGAAGAACAAAACACAACAGAUCCAGAAACAGGUUAUUCCUCUGCUCAAGUUUCUGCAUCCACCAGUGACACAAGUGAUAAAGGAAAGAGAAACUUGGAUCUUCACGACCGGUCCAACGAAUGGCAGUCACCAACUCGAAAACCACGACUUGACACUAAACUGGGAUCAUACUCAGAAGGAAUCAUACUGUCUGAUGUGAAAACCAUCAUGAGAUGUGUCCAGAAAAAACUGCCUAACCAAGACAACAAGCUCAACAACUUCCUCAAGCAAAGCAUCCGUGAUUUGGAGACAGACAAGAGGGAGCUGGUUGGUGUCUUUGGUAAAACCGGGGCUGGGAAGAGCUCUUUGAUAAAUGCAAUCAUUGGAGUGAAGAAUCUCUUGCCAUCUGGAAGUGUCAGUGCAUGUACUUCAGUCAUGAUUAAAGUCGAGGCUAACAGGCACAACAUGAAGUACGAGGCACACAUUGAGUUCAUCACAAAAGAGGAGUGGAAAGAUGAGUUGUGGACCUUGCUGAAUUUCCUCGAGGAUAACGCAGAUCAGGAGAAUGACGAGGAUUAUUGUGACACCGUUGAAAAGCUGUCAGCUCUGUAUGGAGAGGAAUGGAGAAACAAAUCUGCGGAAAAUCUCAUGGAAUACAAACAUUUCAAAGAAAUCCCAGAAUUUCUCCAUUCCAAGAGCAAGAUUUUGACAUGUGAAACAGCUAAAGAGCUCUCUGCGAAAUUUGUCAAAUACACAAGAAGUGACUCAAAAGACGGAGAAGCGAAAGGAGUAAAGAGGUGGUACUGGCCACUGGUGAAGUGUGUGACUGUGAGGGUGCCAGAUAAUGAUUUUCUCCAGCACGUCACACUUGCGGAUCUUCCUGGAAAUGGGGACUGUAACAAGAGCAGAGACAAGAUGUGGAAAGGGGUUGUUGAAAGUUGCUCUACUGUGUGGGUCGUGACUGACAUUAAUCGAGCAGCAGCAGAGAAGGAAGCCUGGGAGAUCCUGGAAAGUGCCAGCAACCACAUGGGAAAUGGUGGCGAGUGUCAGCAUAUUCACUUCAUCUGCACCAAGUCAGAUAAUAUUGACUGGGAUGAUCAGUCAGCAGCUGGUGUUCGUGAUCUCAUAUUUAAAAGAAACAAUCAAGCCAAGGAACAAGUGAAACAAAAAUUCAGCAAACUAAACCAGGUUAAGAAACAUUUCAGUGAUGAAUGUUUCGAAGUGUUCACAGUGAGCGCCAAAGAGUUUCUAAAAAAGAAACAUCUAGACGCAGAUGACACUGAGAUACCCAAACUUCAGGACAUUCUGCAAGAUCUCAACGACUGUCACUCAGAGACAUUAAACUAUGUGUCUGGAUCUCUUGGGAUUCUCUCUCUGAUUCAAGGGGCCAGUCGUAGACAAGGGGCUGACAAGACAGAUGUGUGCACAGAACUUGAAGAAAAGAUGAAGAAUGAACUUUAUAUUGUCAGAAAAUCCAUGGAAAAGACUCACAGGUCUUUUGAAAGAUGCCUCAGUGAGGGUGUCGAAAACUCCAAAAGUUCAUGGGAAAGAAAUUUAAAGUCGGUCUUACAUCCUCCUAGGAAGAAGGAUAAAGGUUUUCACAGGACAUUGAAGUGUAUAGUUCAUAACGGCGGCAUACACAAACCAAAAGGAAAGAAAGAAAUCAACCUGAACAUGAAGUUGGCUUCAUGUCUGACUAACAGCAUUGAUGAGGAAUUCAAGAAGACCUUCCCAAAUGAAGGAAAAAGUGAACCAUUUAAUGGGAUCAUCAACAAGUUUUCACUUGGCACAAAGAGGAUGAUGGGAGAGGGGCAAAAAUUCAAAGAUGUUGAACUGCAACUGACAUUUCUCAGCACAGAGGAAGAAAUAAUUAAGGCAAAACUGAACAAAAUCAUCCGGGAGCGCAAGAAAAUAAUCUACAGCAGUCUGAUGAGGACAAUCGAGGAAGCCAUGCAAGAAUGCUAUCAAAGAGCAGCAGAAUUUACAGGAACCGGCUCACUGGACAAUAUGAGGAGAACAAUUGAGGAACAUGUACAUAAUUCAGGGAACAUCAUGUUUGAGAAGGCGAAAAAUGAAAUGUUGAACCAGCUGGUCAACCUGAAGAUGGAGAUCCUGGAGAAACUGGAGAAAACAAUGCAGGACUCAUUGGAGCUGUCACUCAAGACAGAUGGUGACUCGAUCCCAGAUGUUCAAGCGGAGCUUGAGAUGGUGAAGAAGCACUACAUUGAACUGAUGUGAAGCCCAGCUGCACUGCAUCCAUGACAUCUGCACAGGUUUGCUCAGUGGAGAGAAACUGCAGAGGCCUGAUCACCCACUGAAGGUUCCUGCAGGCAUUAGAGAGGAGAGGCUUCUGGAUUUAGUCUCAACCAGUUUUGUCAAGUUAUUAUCCCUGUUUUUAUAUGUACUAUUGUUGUUUGGUGGUGGUGAAUUACAUGUAGCGAGGUUUUAGAUUUUCUGGUUCUGUUAGGACAUUUUUGCCUUCAAUGGAUUAAAGAUCAGAGGCAGAAAUGCGUGGAGAAAGAAAGAGGGAUGACAUGCAGCAAUCCCAAUCAGAUUUAAACAUUGUGAUUUUAAUGUUUUAGCCAUUAGGCCACUAUGAAGUCCAAGAGACUCUUUGUUUUUAAUGAUUUAACUGUUUUUUUCUUCUUCAAUAUAUUUUCACGUUUUUUGUCCGUGAUUUAUAUUUUAGUAGUUUAGCAUGCUGAAAUUUCAAUGAUUUUAUAGUCGUCCUGAACCUGGAUUACAGUACAUAUCACAGGUUGGAUUGGACAUUUUUCUUUCAUAUUCAAUGACAAAACUGCUUGUUUGUUCAUCCAAAUAUGAGAAAUAAAGAGAACUAGAUGAUAGCAAUAAACCUGUUUAUCUUUAUUGAACCAUUGUGCUAUUAAUAGCUGCAACAGUGAUGCUUGUAUAAUUUUUACU